UUGAUUGGUAAGUCAAUUACAAUCAAAAUUAUUAAUAGUAGAUGUUAAUAACUUACUGAUUGUGCUACUUAAUUGUAAACAACUGACUCAAUUAAAUUGUGAAUAUGAUUAAAGUUUCAUGGGUUCUGAUUGUGUUUUUAAUCACUUUGACCAUAGGUACAAGUUCAUCAAUAAAAGAGGCUGAUUUUUUGCGAAGUGUAGUCAAGAAGUACAGUCCGUCGUUGGUUGUAUCAUUUUUGAAAACUCGAAUCAAUUAUAAUAAGGAAAUGAUCGGAAAGAUUAAGAAUCUAACUGUUAAUUUGGACCAAUCAAGACGCGAUUUGUUUGAUUUGAAUGAAAAAUUUUACUCUGUGAUGGUUAAUCAACUAAUUACUCUGAAAGAUGCUGAUUAUUUUGACACCGAUGGUUCAAACAAGGUUAAUUAUUUCAUUGAACAAUUUGUUUUACAAGAUGAAUUGUAUCCAAUCGGAUUUGGUUCCUUUGGUAUGGUUAAGGUUCCGAUGACUCCUGAUGAGUUAAUUAGUCAAUUAAAUGUAAAACCAGCAAUUCAUUUAAUCAACGAAACCAACAUCUUAAUCAAAAGUUAUAUCAACGAUACUGAAUCAAAGGAGUUGAUUGUUGGUAACAAUAUAAUUCAACAAUUAUCUCUUACUAUGACAAAAGCUAAAUUAAAAUCGUUGCUUGAAUUUAAUUAUGUUUCUGGAUCGGAAAAUCAUCAAAUUGGAAACAAUUUAAAAAAGUUGAAAACAAUUUCUGAUUUUUUUUACUCUCAAUAUGAUCAACUAUCAAAUGAAAAAAUGUCUACUUAAUUGUGAAAAUCAAUAAAAGAUUAAAACCUAA